CAACUCGUUUGAGCUCAACAUAGAUGCCAAAGAUGUCUACACUGGCAUAUAAUAGCUUAAAGAGAAGAUGUGCCUUGUGCAGAAAAAAGGUUAUCUAGCAAGGUCUCGUCUGAUAUACAGAAAUUAUGCGUCGGUUUUUGGCCAGCAUUUCCCCCAACAGCUGACAAGAAGAUACGCCAAUAUUACUCACACAGCUUCCAAAAAUUCUACACACGAUAAUUAGUGCGACUCCUCAUGUACAUAAAGCCCACCGCUGCUGCCCAAUCUCAAC